GUCCCGCGACGCAGCCAGGCUGGUUCUCCUCAGAGCGGCAGGCCUCUCUUUGGUUUUGGGUUUUCUGAAGGGAGUCCCGGCGGGAAGGCCGCUCGCGAUGUCAGGGCCCCUGCGGUGUCUCCGGCUGUUGCCGCUCCUGCUCCGCGGCAGAAGCGUUUUGGGGCCCCCCGGGCUCCCCCCAUUUGGCCCCUGCCUGCACUGCGCUCCCAAAGGCCUUCCGCCGCUGCAAGCCAGGCACCUUGCUACCAAGAAGGCAAAAGGCGGCCAAGACAAGUGGAAGUUGUCCGCGGCUGCUGCUUCGGACGCCAACCGUUUGCAGAUGGCCGGGCAGGAAAGGGGCAAUUGCCACCAAAUUAACCCCUUUGGAGAUUGUCAUCAAGACGUAGAGGAAGCGCUAGAAGCUUCUGAUCUGCUAAACUGCUGCUGUUGCGGCUCUGCUGUUUCUGAAUGCUUUCCCCCUUUCCUGGAAAUAACCGUUGUCCUUCUUAUUCCAGGGGCCCUGGAUCAUAUCAUGGUCUCCACAAAGGAUGGGAAGUUCCCCCUGAACCAGCUGGGACAGGUCUCCCUGAAGUCUCCCCAGCUCAUCCUGGUCAACAUGAGCAACUUCCCGGAGAGCACAGCUGCGGCCGUGAAGGCCAUCCGGGAGAGUGGGAUGGGACUCAAUCCCGAAGCGGACGGGACACUCCUGCGCAUCCCCGUCCCCAAGGUGACCCGCGAACACCGGGAGAGCCUCGCUGCCGUGGCCAAGCAGCUGACCAACAAGGCCAAGGAUUCCCUGCGGAAGGUGCGGGCCGCGGCCGUCAGCCGGACCAAGAAAGCCAAAGGCACCGUCUCCGAAGACACCGUCCGGCUGAUAGAGAAGCAGGUCCAGCAAAUGACAGACGACGCUGUGGCUGAAAUGGAGAAGCUGCUGGCCUCCAAGACGAAGGAGCUGCUGGGGUGAGGAUCCUCACAGGCCGCAUGUCUGGCGCGUCGUCCUUCUGCGUUUCGCUCUCGAAAUGGACUGGCUCUGCUGUCGUGGCUUUGGCACCGAACAGGACGCUGGCUUUUUGUCAAGUGCCGCUUGGACAGCGAUGCCAGGUAAAUACGGGCCGCGUGGGGCAAGGCUGUGGGAGAAAUGCCGCCUGGAAGGCACCCCGGUCUGUAAGGACGUCUCCAUUCGCUGGCCUGGCUUUUGGGGAAAGGUCGGGGCCGCCGCCUCGCUUGCGAACCUGCUUGGCUUUGUAAUAAAGGAUUCCCAACUGAA